AUGGAUCACAACCACAAUGCUCGAGAGUGGCAGGUGUCCAUGCCAGAAGACGCAGCCGUGUCCGCGGACCACAAGGCAGCCGGCGCCGGUCAGGCCUCGAGGGCGGCACGGGCGUGGGCGUGGCCUGCCUCUUGCGCGGCCAUGUUCAGAUCAAAGCUCUCUGGCUUCGCCGAGAAGAUGAUCGGCGCUGCGGACUACUCCGGGAAAGCGGUGUACGGCAUGAAGGUCGCCCUCGCUCUCACCCUGGUCUCCCUCUUCUACUACGCCAGGCCCCUCUACGACGGCGUCGGCGGCCGGAACGUCGUGUGGGCCAUCAUGACCGUCGUGCUCGUCUUCGAGUACACCGUUGGUGGUAGCAUGUACAAAGGGUUCAACAGAACGGUCGGAACCAUCAGCGGCGCCGGCCUCGCGCUCGCCGUGCACUGGGUAGCCAGCAAAUCCGGCAAAACCUUGGAGCCCGUCGUUGCCAGCGGCUCCGUUUUCCUGCUAGCAGCUGCCGCGGCGUUCUCGCGAUUCAUACCGCUGGUGAAGUCGCUGUACGACUACGGGGUCACCGUCUUCAUCAUCACCUACAGCUUCGUGGCCGUCUCCGGGUACCGCGUCGAGGACCUGGCGGCGAUGGCGCUGCAGCGGAUCUCCACCAUCUCCAUCGGCUUCGCCAUCUGCAUCGCCGUCUGCCUGCUUGUCUUCCCCGUCUGGUCAGGCCACGACCUGCGCCUCAUCACCACGCGCAACAUGGACGCGCUCGCCGACUCCAUCGAGGCCUGCGUCGACAACUGCUUCGCCGACGACACGAAGCGCCCUGCGCGCGACAGCAGGUCGGAGGGGUACAAGUGCGUGCUCGGCUCCAAGGCGUCCGAGGACGCGCAGGCCAGCCUGGCGCGGUGGGAGCCCACGCACGGAGAGUUCACCUUUCGCCACCCCUACCACCUCUACACCAAGGUCGGCGCCGCCAUGCGCCAGUGCGCGUACUGCGUCGAGGCGCUCCACGGCCGCGUCGUCCUCGCGGGCGCGGCGCCCGACCAAGCCCCGGCUCUCCAUCUCCUCGGGGCAGGCGGCGCCCUCGCGGAGACCGGCAUCCGGUGCACGCGGGUGCUCAGAGAGGCUUCCAGAUCCGUCGCCACGAUGACGGCCUCGGGCGCGCUGGGCGCGGCGGUGGCGGACAUGGACGCGGCCGUGCGCGCGCUGCAGAGCGACGUGAGGGCGCUCCCGUCCAAGCUGCUCCUACUGUCCGAGGAUCCGUCGUUGGCAGAGGCUAGCAUGGCGCUCUUGCCCAUGGCAUUGCUGCUCAUCGAGAUCGCCACGAGGGUCAGGGGAGUCGUCGACGCCGUCGGCACACUCGCCAGCGCCGCGGGAUUCGAACUGGUCGAAGAUGGUGAUGGCCACGAGAGGUUUGAAGUGCUACCGCUAAAACUACCAAGCACGGCCACCGGACAGCCAUUGAGCAGAGCUCGGAAUCCUUCGAGUGAUCAGCCGGUGUAA